GACUCUGGCAGCUCUCUCGCCAGAGUCCUCGAACUCGAUUCGUCUCGCCCUCGCUGCAGUGGAACACCGGCGUGCCCCACCAUGUCAGACGCGGCCGUGGACACCAGCUCCGAGAUCACCACCAAGGACUUGAAGGAGAAGAAGGAAGUUGUGGAGGAGGCUGAGAAUGGAAGAGCCGCACCUGCCAAUGGCAAUGCUAAUGAGGAAAAUGGGGAGCAGGAGGCCGACAAUGAGGUAGAUGAAGAAGAGGAAGAAGGUGGGGAAAAAGAGGAGGAGGAGGAAGGUGACGUUGAGGAAGAGGAUGGAGAUGAAGAUGAGGAAGCUGAGGCUCCUACGGGCAAGCAGGUAGCUGAAGACGAUGAGGAUGAUGAUGUUGACACCAAGAAGCAGAAGACUGACGAGGAUGACUAGACAGCAAAGGAAAAGCUAAACUAAGGCCGCCGUGACCUGUUAACCCUCCACUUCCCAUCUCAGAAUUUAAACGUGGUCACCUUCGAGUAGAGGAGCAGGCCCCGCCCGCCCACAGCAGGCAGUGCCACCCACAGAUGACAUGCGCUCUUCAUCAACCCACCAAAACCACAACAUGAAUUUGCAACAGGGGAGGAAAAAACCAAAACUUCCAAGGCCCUGCUUUUUUUCUUAAAAAUACUUUAAAAGGAAAAUUUGUUUGUAUUUUUUAUUUACAUUUUACAUUUUUGUACAUAUUGUUAGGGGUCAGCCUUUUUUGAUGAUGACAGGUGACCAGACCAGCCUUCAGAGUGUUCUCUGUCCUACUUCUGACCUUACUUGUGGUGUGACCAUGUUCAUUAUAAUCUCAAAGGAGAAAAAAAA